AUACCUGCCUACUAACUACUAUCUUACCAACUAUAGACUACUAAGGUAAGUAGGUACCUACUAAAUAAAAGUGUGUUGUGCGUGCAGUGCGUGCAGUCGAAUAGUUGAAUCGACACGAGUGUUUUUCAUACGUUAUAAAAACCAAGAAUUAAAUUUUUGUAUCUUCAUCAUUUCUAGGCAUUAUGUCUACGCGAAAUAUUAGGAAAUUUGUUGGUGGCAACGUGCUUCCGCCCCCAGAUUCAGAUGACUCCGAUUAUGAGCCACUGUAUGCCACUUCUAAAAAAGUAACAAAAAAUCCAACAGUCAACCCAUUUGAGGGGUUAUGCCCGUCAUCUGAUUCUGAACAAGAAAAGGGCCGCGAAGAUAAUGAAGAAUCAGACGAAGAAAUCAAACUUGACAAAAAGACAAAAAGAAAAAAUUUAAAGAGAAAGAAACAACAGAAAAUGCGGGGCAGCAAAGUAUUUGAGAUGGAUGAAAUUGACCAAAGUGUAAAAGAAAUCAACGAUCUACUUGGUGCUCCCCCUCCGGCGCCGGAGCCUGUGGUGGAGGAAGCAAAGAGUAUUCAAGAUAUAUUGUUUGGCAUCAAUUACAAAAAUUUAAACCCUUCAUAUGAAUUGAGAAGACUAUUAGGUCCUGACUUAGAAGAGGAAGCCAGAAAUAGAAAGCGCGGUCGUCAUUAUUCUAUCAACAAACGAGGCCUGGUAAUUCCAGUCGAAGAAAAGUUCCGAAGAGUUGGAUUGACGAUGUCAAUGUUAACAGCGGAAAAAGUAGAUGGAUGUUCUUUCUUCUCCAUAGACCACGACGAAACAUACAGAAAACACCACAAGAUGUUUUUGAGUAUCAUCGUAACAGCAAGGGAUGACUUCCCGGAUUUAAAUGUAAAUGAAGCAGUAGAAUUUAUGCACGUCGAAAAAAUAUUGCAGAUUACGGAUAUCCUGUUUGCUAUGGAGGAGUACGAUCGAGCCAAAAAGCUGAUAGAAAAAGUUGUGGCAUACCUGUUGUUUAUUUCACACCCACUGUUUCGAAUGUGUGAUAGAUCCGUGCGACUUGAAUAUAAAAUAUUGGAGAAUCGUGUGUACCACGUGGCUAUGUUGAAAUAUAUUUACGUGUUGACCAACAGUGCCUGCCACCGCACUGCCCUAGAGCUAUCCAAAGUUCUCCUUAACAUAGAUCCCACAGACCCUCUAGCGAUGAUUAUGCUUGUGGAUAUGCUGGCUCUGCGCGCUCGCGAGCAUCAGUGGCUGGUGGAUCUGGUCGAAUACUGGAGGAAUACCAGAGGCGCCGAUUACAUGUUCAACCUUCUAUACUCGUAUGCACUUGCAAAAUUCCACGUUAUUAAGAAGCAAAAAGGUGACAUGGCCGAAGCGGACGCUGCGUUACAUUUCGCAAUGAAAAGAUUCCCUUCCGUUGUGCCAGAGCUGUUCAAAGUGACCAACAACAAGAACCAACAGAUUGACAACUGCGAAAUGUUCCAGGAUAAACAAAAUAUGUCGCGAAGCGUGAAACUCUUGUGGAAUGAUUUACUGAAAUAUUAUACGCUGUUUACUGCGUCCAAAUGGCGGGAACCGGAGGUGUGGACUUGGUUCUCGAAGAAUGCUGUGGUGAUGACUCAACAAUAUGAUAACGACGAGGAAAUCCAAAAAUACGUGAAAACGUUCGCGUCCCAGCGUGCCACCUUCCUCCGCCGCCUGCCGCAGCAAGUCGUGCGACACUUCCAAGUCAUCAAAUUUAUGAAUAACUUCGUUUUCGACGAGGUUAUAUUCACAAUGAGGCCGGGCGUGGCCAGCUACAACCCGGAGCCGUGGCCCACAGAGGACAUCAACAGAUAUAAAUACAGAUUCACGCCGCAGCUCCAGAUGAAUCAGCACACCUUCGGUCUCUUUGGUGAUCUCGUCCGCUCCCUCGCGCCAGAGUUUGUGGCAGUGCCACAAGUGAUACAUGAGCAACAGGACGAGGCGGCAGGUGGACACGAGGAGAACGGCGAAGGGGAAGGUGAACACACUUUUGGUGACUUGUACAACGCCAUAUGCCAAAAUUUACUCCAGACUGUUGGCCCCGACGUUGACGUCAACCUUUUGCCGACAGAGGAAGACGAUCGUUGGGAUUUUGUCCUCCCUGACAACUAAUGAAACGACUAGACUAAUAAUUGCACCGGAAACUGCAGCAAACGUCUCACUAUUCAUUACUUUUUUUUAUAUCAGAUAGAUUAUUAUUCAUUUAUACUUUCGAGUUUAUAUUUACAAACUUCGUCUGCAUGAUAAAGCGUAAGAAAGAUCUAUUUUUGAAGAUCAAUAGGCAAUAUUCCGUCUUUUACAUUUUUUAUAGCAUACUUUUCAUAUGCAUCAAUCUACUUUUGCUUGCCGCUUCGUUCGGUCCCAAGUCAAUAUCACGCAAAUUAUCAUAUAAUGUGUUGUUUUAAAAUCUAAACUUGUGUUCCUGGAACACACAUUUGGUCCCCCAAAUGCAAGCAAAAGUUUAUUAACCAUAUAAUUAUUAUGUCUUUAAAUUAUAUUUAGAUUUUUAUUUAAUAGAAAAUAUUAAAUAGUACCUACGCGAAGUUGUAAUUUUACGCAGAUGGCGGCACCAAAGUCAUUUGUUACCAUGGUGCUCAAGUCGAAACAUUUGACGUGCUUCGAAAGUUUUGGUCAAUGUCAAAAUACGUUGUUUAAAUCAUGGUAUCAUUAGUAAGUACUACGGAGUACCUACUAAUUCCAUGGUUUAAAUCUUAUACUAGUGCUGCAUUCUGACGUUAUAACAUAAAAGUAAUAUUUCCUAUUUUUAAAGGUUUUUUUUAUUUAGAAAGGAGUAAGAUUCCUUUUCUCUGAAUAAAAAAAAUCUAUGCGAUAGAUUCGAAGUGCGCUCAAGGAUUCAAACAAUCCGUUUUGAUUUAUAUACAUAUAUUUCAUGAACACUUUCGUUUCCUUAGUCACAUUUUUUGAAUUCAAUUCAUGCAUUGUAACAUAGAAUUUCUAUCACUGUCAAAUGUAUUGAAAAUUCGCUUUCGUUAUUAAAUUUCUGCAUAUAUACAUUUUUUCGAUAAUUUCAUGGGAAAAACUGGUAAAUAUAAUUGAUAAAAUAAGAAUAUGAACAUGAAUUCUGAACAUUGAAACAACCUGGCCACAAUAAAAUAUUUUAUCAAGAUAUAAUCUAUUAAUCGGUACAACUAGACCCUUUAAAGUAAAUUUAUAAAAUCGACAGUGGCCGCGUUGUCUUGGAUGACACGAUCAUUUCUUAGCAGUAAGAAAUUGCAUAAUAAAUAAAACGUAUUCCUACACUCUGAAAUUCACCGAGACGCUGUGUGAUCACAAAACCUUUUCACUUUACCAUAUCAUGCCCUUCCUCAUUUAUUUCAUAUAUCAUGCUAUGCUUUUCAAUUAAUCUAUUCGCAUUAAAGUAAGUAUUUACCUACCUAUUAUGCUUUUAAAUUGCUUCAUCACAGUCAUAAGGAUAUGGUUUUUCCUACUAAUACUUAACAAUUAGCGUUAUAAGCAUAGAUUUAGUAUUGUAAUAUGGUUAUAACCACGUUGGACGUUUAUUUUAAUAUGAUAUCUGCUAGUAUGAACUGUUUUUCAAAUAUAUGUAUUUUAAUGAUUUGAUUUAUUUGCAAUUUCAGCGCGGUAGUGCCAUCAACGAGUUUUCGUCCACGGAUCGGCGCUUAUUCAGAUAGUAGUAAUAAUAAGUCGCAUAAUAUGAAGUUGACCCGUUCAAUAUUUAAAUAAAUGUAUUGUUCCAUC